AUGCCGGCCGAAGUUGAAGUUCCACCAACUACGUACCAGCGUCUCCAAAAAUACCAGGUCAGCGAAGUUUACUUUUUCCUUUUUUUCAACUUUACGGAAAAGUUUUGUUACUUUGAUCGUUUUUGUAAUUUCUCGCAUUUUCGAAAUCGCUUAGAGAACGUGUUUUCGGUUACUGGUAAUUUAAAUACAGAAGUUAAGCUACGCAAGACUUUUUUUGAUAGUUUUGAUGUUUUAUUUGAAAAAAUAUCUUUGUGGUCCACAUUCAAACUCAUGAAGUUAAUUUUGAACAGUCAAAAUUUCAAUUAUUUUCACUAUAUUUUCUGGUCGGCGUAAAUGCUACCGGAUACAAAUCUUCCUGCUCUCAUUUGUUGUUGUUAUGUGAUACUUAAGCUGAGAAGGAGCAAGAAGAGGCUGUGACUGUUUUAAUUUGAAAAAAAUCGUUUUUCUUUGUGAUUUGACUCAUUUUAUUUUUUUGAGUUUGUGACAAACUUCUUCAAAAGGCCUCGAGUUUAACAGUGUUCAACAAAAAAUUGACGCACUGUCAAACAUGUGAAAUCUCCGGAAAUUCAAUGAAAUUUUUUUUGAAUUUAUCAAUGAAAUUUGUUGAAAACAGUUGAAUAAAACAAAUUUCAGUUUCUGAAGAUUUUAUGUUUGACAACACGUUGAUUUUUCACAAUGAAACGUUAUCCGUUCUGUGAAAAAAUAUCUAAUUUUUAAAAUCACGUUUUUCAUAAUAUUUCCGUGUGUUUCCUUUUCACUGGUCAAUCGGCGAUUGCACAGAUUAGAAACAAAAGGGCACCCUUGAAGCGUCAAGUGCUUUUUAAUGAUCAUAAAAGCGCUUCAGCACAGGGUUAAAUUUCUGGUAUUUCCAUACUAUUUUUGUUCAAACGUGUAUUAUCGCAGUGCUACUCUGGUUUUCUAGUGCAGCUUAAUUUUUAAAAUUUUGCUGUCGGUGUGCACAUUUCUUACAACCCUGCCGAUUGAAAUUCGAUUUCCUUUUUUAACUUCUAAUGAUUUUUGAGAACAGUGAAGAAAGCAGUAGCUUUUUCUCCUAGAAAAAAAAAAUUGAUGUUGGAAAAAAAUUCAGUAGUUUUAAAUCUGAAUCUUAUUUGUGAUAUUCUGCGAAAUACUCUCGAAAAAAAAACAUCCGCAGAUGUCUUCUUGCCAUAAAUCAUUUUUCUGAUGGAAAAAGCCUUCAAAAAAGAAAUUUUACAUUUAUAUCCGAUUUCAUCGUUUUUGAGAAAGUGUCAGUAUGAAAUAAGAACAAUUUCAUCUAUGCUGAAGUCUUUCUUUCUAGUGAUUGUCUUCUAGAAUCGUAGGAAAGAAUAAUUAACUUUUGAAACGCUAGGCGCAAGCAAAAAUUAGAUCGUUUUCUUGCAGCAAUUACUGAAUACCUGUGAUUUUUUUUGAAGAUUUUUUCAUUCACCAGUUCAAUUUUCGGUUCAGGAGCAGUUUUCGAAUGCUCUCCGCCACCCCGACUCUCCUGAUUGGUACAAAAAGGAGGUACAUGAGAAAGUGAAGAAAGAGCUUCUCUGGGCUUCUCCCUACGAUGCGCGUUUCCCACAAGUUAGUUUAUUCACAUAAACAUGAUGGAUUGUUUUUUGUUUACAGUCUUCAGGUUCUUCUUUUAAAUUGAUUCAUGGAAGGUAGUUGCGGGUGACAGCUCAACUUUUCAGGUUCGCAAGCAACGCCAAUGUUUCGCCUACUACGUUGAUUUCCAUCGCUGCAACGAACUCAUGGGUCAAGACUACAAACCUUGCAAGUUCUUCCAGAAUGUUUACAAGGUUAGUUUUUCUAAAGAUUUCAACUUCGUAUUGAUUUCUAAAGUUUUAUAUCUUAGCAAUGUGUUGUUUUUCUAUUGUUUUUCAAUUUCAUCCUUUUUGUAAGUUUUAAAAAUAAUUUGCCAGAUGUUUUUGUAAUUGUUUUUUUUUUGCUCUUCAAGAAAUCUUUCCAAAACUACUUUCAGAGGAUAGAAUCUAAAUGAAAUAUUGCGAAGUUUAUAACUUUCAGGACUUCUGCCCUGGCUUCUGGGUCGAAAGAUGGGACGAGCUCCUCUCGGAAGGACGUUUCCCGGCCAAGUUCGAUCGCUAA